CCAGGGGGGAGGGGCGGCCUUCGCCCCCCGGCCGCGCCCCGGGGCCCCUCGGAGGAGCCGCGGCGGCUCCCGGCCGCUGGACUGGGCCGCGCCGCGCCGCGCGGGGCCUGUCGGCCUCUCCCGUUUCUCCUCUCGCUGCCCCUGGUUCUGGCUUUUGUGGGGGGGAGGAGGAGAGCACCUCACCUCACCGGGUGUCACCGGCGCCCUGCUGUGUGCGCCCCCUCGCCGAGGCUGAAAAAUUACCAGAACGGAUGUCAGACUACCAGCAUGUACCUCCAGAAACUGUCAGUGAGUCAGUGUGUCACACAGAUGCCAAAGAAGAACUCUUGGAUGAAUGUGAGAGUAUUUGGAAGCAGAUGGAAGAGUGUCAAAGCAAACUAACACUUCUAGGAACAGAAACAGUGCCAGAAUCAGAUGCCAAGCUUUCCUUGUUAAUGACGCGAGUGAAAGCUUUAACAGCAGAGUAUAAUCAAUGGCAAAAAAGAAGUCCUGAAAUAAUUUCUACCAAUCCAGAUGUACUGGUAGCAUUAGGAAAAGAAGAGUUGCAGAAAGUAAAGAAUGAUCUUGAAGUGGUGCUGUCAACAGUUCAAUCAAAGAACAAAAAACUGAGAGAAGAUCUGAAAAGAGAACAGCAGUGGCAUGAGGAACAGCAGCAGAUAGUAGAUGCUCUUAAUGGAAUUGAAGAAGAGAUGAAAAACCAAGUUGUACAGUUUUCUGAAAAAAGAACAUUUCAAGAACUGAAAAAUAAAAUGCUGAAACUAAGGACAUAUAAGGAAGAACUCUUGAAUGCUUUGGGUGAGUUCCUAGAAGAGCAUUUUCCCCUUCCAGAAGAAGAUGGAAGUGCUAAAAAGAAGAAAAAGAACUCUUCUGAAGAGCCAGCUGUACAACUUAUAACACUGCAUGAAAUUUUAGAGAUUCUUAUAAACAAAUUGAUGAGUACACCACAUGAACCCUAUUUAACAAUCAGUGACUCGUUUUGGCCACCUUAUAUUGAGCUGCUGCUGCGAUACGGAAUUGCACUGAGACAUCCAGAAGAUCCAAACAGGAUACGCUUAGAAGCCUUUCACCAAUAGAGAAAACUUCAUUUACUUUAAAACAAAACGCCAGUGCUCUUACUUACUGGGAAGAUGUACUUAUGUUUCAUUGUAAACUUUUUUUCAUGUCAGCAACCUCUUCCUGUUGGAUAGAUUUUCUUUUUUAAUAAAACAUGCAUUUGGUAAGAGUGUGAAAUAUGAAAAAAGACAAUUUUCAACUUCAGCUGCUCAUAGCUACAAUUGUUUUUCAGUUUUAUUGCAAGUGAUGCCAAGAUUUGCAUUCUGAUUUUUUUUCAGUUGCUUAAAUAAGAUGCAAAUUGAGAUAAAGAAAAGUAAAGAAGUCUAACCGUCCUUUUGACUUUAAAGAUUGUAUUUUACAUAUGACUUUUUAUAUUCAUUUCUUAGAUUGAGUUAACUCGUCUCAAUUUCAUUUAGUAUUUUGUUGCACUCAGAGAAUCAAAACUCCCCCAUAUGAGGCCUUGGAGACAUUUAGAACUACCAGUGAAGUAGCAUCUUCAACAAUAUGUUGUUUGCAAAACCUCUGGAAAACAUGACUUGGUUUCAAAAUAAACUUUUAGAAGAGCUGACACAUCUUGCUGUUCAAAGAGCUGAAGAUGUUCAGCAUGCAGAUCUACAACCAUAUGUUUCCUAAACAGACCCUUUUUAUGUUGUGUUAUAUUGCCUAAUAGCAUGUGCCUUUACUUUCAGAACUGAUUUAUCAAGGCUUACAAUACAUCUUUGUGUUCUGUAAAUUUCUACAGUUUGUAAGUUAGAUCAGCUGAUAGUUACCUUCUGAAGGCAUUCUAUUGUCCCCUUAAUCUGCUUUUGUAUAGAUCUCAUUAUUGUAGUCCCUAGGUGCACAGAUAACAACUUGCCUAAUUUCACACAAGUAGUCUCCAAUUAACCCUGGAAUUGAAGCUGGAAGUUCCACUCCUGCAGAUCUGCAUGGAGGAUAACCUUAGGAAAUAAAACAUGCCUUUCAUUAAUCAGAUUUCAGUUUAGCCAAUAUUCAGUUUUCAGGAAGGGGUAUAAACGUUAUUAAUUUUUCAGUUCAUAGAAAAAUAAAGGGUAAUACAAGAAACUAAAUGUGCAAUGAUUGAAGGGAAAUUAAGCUGUUUGUUGCUAUGAAAGACUACCUCCACAGGGCUCAACAGAGUAUGUCAUGUGAGGGCUUAACAGAUGAUACAAGGACACUUCGGUGAUGAAGGGGGAACAAUUCAGUGCAAGUUCUAGCAUAAUUAACUUUUUUAAGCCUUACUAAAUGUUAAACAAAAAAUUCACUGUCUUGUGUUUUUUGAGUGAAUGCAGUUACACAUUUAUCUGCCAGUUUUGUUACUUAAUUAUUCAAAUAGCUAAGGGUUUUUUAGCUCAGCUUUCUGGCAUUGUCUCUUUGGAUUUUUUUGUUCUUCAUCUGUUUUAAAUACUUUGUAUUAUACUACCUUUUAUCUUAUUACUAAUAUUAUAAAGCUCAAGUAUUUCACUGA